AUGAUUGUCGUAGAUGCACAUGAUAAUGAUAUUUGUGUUGUUGUGCCAACAACAUUUAUGGAAGUUUUCGGUGAAAGACUAACGGUAGUUCACACAUACACCAUCUCAAACUUCAAGGUUCAUCAAAAUGAUCUUGUCUUCAAACCUUCAAACCACAACUACAUGGUGAAGUUCACUGGAGGGACUUCCAUUAAUGACGUUGACAAGCAUGAAAUCCCACUAAAGCUUGCCAAUUUCACCAGUUUUUCGGAUAUCAUGACUGAACAAUUUAGAAAUGAUAUGUUGUUAGACAAAAUAGGAAUGGUUGAUACCAUAGGUUUCUCCCAAGCGCAAUCUGGUGGGAAAAAAAUCAAGUCAACUUUGUACUCAGAGACAUUGGAAACAACACAAUCAAUUGUACUCUAUGGGAGUCAUAUGCAUCCCAGUUCAUCAAAUUCAACCAGGAACGAGUGA